GUGCAGAGCCUGCUCGCCGUCUUCCUCCCACUUCGCGACUUCGUCUUCUUCCUUCUCGCCGGCUCUGCGGUGCCGGACGACCGCCAGGACCACAAACGCCGUGUCCGGGAGGUGGUGGACGCAAAGCGCCGCGUUCGCGCGCAGCUGGAUCCGCUGCUGCGCAGCUUCUUCCGCUUCCCGCUCCUGGACGACGCCUCCGGCUUUCUUCUUUGCUGGAAUCCAGACAGGCUGGCGAUGGAUGCUUUCCUUCGCCUUCACUACAACGUGGAUACAGCCUGGCGCGAUGACGUGGCCCUUCUUGCUGCUCAACGCGGUGUCCCUGAAAGUGGCCUCUUGCGCGUCUGGAAUCCUGCCAUUGCCGACCCCGACGUGCUCGCAUCCUUUGCUUUUGUGGAGGAGCACUACGCUGGUGCGAUGUUGCUGCGCAGUGCCGGCAACUUCGACCUCCGCCAGCCACUCCGCGUGCCUGGACUACGCUCCCAUGGAAGCCCCAUGAGCCUCCGCACGGUAGACGUGUUCUGCGUCGCGGCGCGGUACCACCAGAUUGACGUCCUUCUGGUCGCACUCACUUCUCUUCCCGAUUCGGACCAGUCUUCCGACGCAGCCGAGCCGGAGGAGCCCCUGGAUGACGCUCUUUCGGUUGGCUCUGCCGAGUCCCGCACAUCGUUUCACCGCGCCGCCGCGGUGCACAGCUUCGUCAUCACGGACAGCUCGUCGGAUGCCGACUGA